CUACGUAGUGCCGGGCAAUGAGUCAUCGGGAAAACAUCUCGUACGCGCAAUACUAUUAUCGCGUUUUCUGUUUGGUUCUGAUUUUUUGUUUUUCAUAAUUUUUUUGUGAACGUCAAAUUUUUUUGACUUCUGACUCGUUUGAUUUUGUCGGCGACUCAAAACGCGGUAUCAAAUCGCUGGGCACCUGAGUACGCCCGUAAGUCAACACUGCAAUUUUUUGAAAAAAGUCGUACUUACGUUUAGUAUACAUUUAUCUUAUUAUUUUGACAAAUGACUCAUUUGUCUUAUCCGUGCAUUCACAAGUGUUUGAACUUAAUUUCUAAUUAAAUAUUUGAGUCUGUAUUUUGUAUCGGAGUUUAUUUGUUUUAAAUACAUAGGUACUUGCCACACGGUACAUGAUAUACAUGAUAUUAUAAUGUUAUUAUAGUAGAGUAAUGUAAUUUGCAAACCUUAACUCUGUUAUAUAUUUUUUUAAAUUGAUAAUACAUAUAAAUACAGUACAAGUAUAAUAAUUAAAUAAGCAUUAAAAUGUUAUCGUGAUAACACGAUCAUCGUUCGUUAUCAAUUGAGAAAUAACUCCAAUAGUUCAAUUAUUAGGUAAGAAGUUAAACAUACAAGGCCAUCAACAAUGUUUUCAAAUCGACAACUACAAAAUUCUUCAAAUUUGUUACAUCAAACAAUUUCAUCAUCAUCUGGUUCAAUUGUUCUACCUCCUCCGCCACCUGCAAUUCCUCUUUCUUCAAUUACGUUAAACAGUAAUAAUAAUUUAGCUGUUACAUCAGUGGCUACCACCAUCUUAGCCUUGGAUGGUCUCAAUUGUGGUGGUAUACCUACACGUACAACACCAACUUUAACACCAACUACACUUCGUACCAUAGCUGCUGAUAUAGCUAGUUUGUCACCUGGUCCACCUGAAAAUUUUGCUACAGCAGCAUCUGACCUGCAUCACCUUGUGUCGUCUUCAUGUUCUACUAUAAACACAUCAACUUUAGGAGCUUCAGAUCGUACUGAUUUACAAGAACAUGUUACUAUACAGAAUUUAAGCAAUCAAACAAUUAGUCUUCAAAGCCUCAAUAAUCAACAUAUUAGUCUAAAUAAUGUACAAAACCAUCCAAAUAGUUUAAACCAACAACAGCGUAAUGAGUAUAAUAAUUCUUUUUCAACGGCUGCAUCAAGGCAGGCUGGUUUUGUGCCACCACUAGUAUUGCAAAUCAAUUCCAGUAACCCUAGUGCUCAACAAUCAUCAGGUUCAACAAUUUUAUUAAACAAUAACAACAGUUCUGGUGCAAGCUCUAUAUUUAGUGCAAAAGGUUCAUCUACUUCAGCAUCAUCUUCACACUGGCAAGGAGUUGUAGUUACCCAAAGGCCUCAGAAUAGAGCCCGCAGUGUAACAAAACGACAAUUUACGGAUGAUGAAGAAGGUGAUGAUGAUUAUGAUUCUGCUGCUGAUGAUGGAACAGAUAGUAGUGAUACAACUUCUGGUAAAAUGACACGCAAACAAAAUACUAAAAAUAACAAAUCAAAUUCAAAGAAUAGUAUUAAAAGUGAAUUCAAGAAUACAACCAGUUCAGGAGGUGGCCGUCGUACAAAUAAUAAAGACAAUAAAAUGAUGUCUGCUGAAGAAGAACAACGUCGCCAGGUCCGAAGAGAACGUAAUAAGCUGGCGGCAGCUCGUUGUCGUAAACGCAGAAUGGAUCAUACAAAUGAACUUUUAGAGGAAACUGGACAAUUAGAAGAUAAAAGGAUGAGAUUGCAAGUUGAAAUUGAAGGCCUUCGUCAACAAAAAACAGAUUUACAACAGAUGUUAGCACAGCACAAAUGUGCUGUAAAUAUGAACAAUGUACAGUUGUCAAAUUCCAUUACAUCUGUAAAUCAAGCUACAAUAUUAGAUUCAAAUGAAAUUUCUGAAACAAAACCCAUUGUAUUAAGUAAUCAUUUAUCAUCAAUUAAGGGAAUUCCAUUACAACAAAAUAUUAGUACAAACAUAGUGAUCAGUGAUAAUGAUAGCAAUAAUGUUGAUGAUAUUAUAAUAAAGCAUGAAGAUAAUUCUAUUAUACAAACUGAAAUUGAUUCAAAGGAUUCCAUAAAUAUUAUUCCUACUUCUGUAAUGCAACAGCCUCAUAGAAGACGGCCCACUACUUUAUUGCAACUUAACAAUGGUAAUUUUGGUAAUAAUAAAAAAAUAUCUGAAAAUGGCUCUACUGGUGUAGUAGUAUUGAAUUUUGAUUCACUCAUGGAUGGUGGCACGGGAUUAACACCUGUUGCAUCUAGUGGCGGAAGUGUUCAAAACCAUCAUCAACAAGUUCAACAUAGUAGCACAGGGAAUGGUGGUGUAAAUACUGACAAUAACAGUGUUUUAUCAUAAAAACAAAAGUCAUCAUUAGUCAAUUAAAUUAGUCAACUAAAAUUAGUCAGUCAAUUAAGUAUCAUCAGAGUUGGGCAUAGCAAUACAUUUUAAAGUAAUUUAAAAAAUAAAAUACAAUUUUUUAGUAAAUUUUAAGUACAGGGUAGUUUUUAAUGAAAUAAAAUCAUAAUCAUAAUUUAUCUAGUCAAAUAUAUUUAUUGUAACCAUGAUAAUUU